CGCUCCGAAAGCUACAAAAUGGCAACUUUGGUACAAGACAAUAUUCGGCAGUUACUUGAGAACGAAACGUCUGUCUUUUUGGAUGUUUCAAAUUUAUUAUUACGAUUUGCUAAUAACCUAAUACGAUAUCCUAAAGUUGCCAAAUAUGCUAACAUUCCUCUGGGGAAAAAAGCCUUCACUGAGCGAAUGUUGCCUUCAAUUGGUGGAGUCGAAUGCCUGCUUGUUAUGGGCUUUGAAGAAGAUGAUGAAUAUCUUCGAUUUCCAGAGACCAGUUCUUUGUCCAUUGUACGUGAAGUGCAGAGACUUUUAGCUAGUGCUCGCCUUAAGGUCCUUUCUGAGCAUGCUCUAAAAGGCAUGAGUACACCAUCACCUUCAGAUGAGCGGGCCUUUCUGAUGAAGGUCCAUGGCACAUAUGAUCAUGUGAUGGUGUAUGAAGAGGUGAUGUUGCAACAGAAAGCACUUCAGGUUAUGCCCCUUAGUGAACUUAAACAGAAAGCCCAAAGAAAGCUGCAAAGAUCGAACCAAGGAUCUUCAAAUAACCAGCCUUUGGAUUUACAAGAUUAUCUAAUAUUGGAAUUACUAAGAUGGUUUAAAAGUAGCUUUUUCCAGUGGAUGGACGCUCCACCAUGUCGGAAUUGUCAGGCAUCCACACAGGCAGCUGGUGGACAAGUACCAACAUCUGAGGACCUCAUGUGGGGUGCGCAAACAGUAGAGGUGUACAGGUGUACAGUAUGUACAGCCAUCACAAGGUUUCCCAGAUAUAAUCAUCCAGGUAAGCUGCUUGAGACGAGGACUGGGCGUUGUGGGGAGUGGGCUAAUUGCUUCACCCUGUGUUGUAGAGCUGCUGGCUUUGAAGCAAGAUAUGUUCUCGAUUGGACAGACCAUGUGUGGACAGAAGUUUAUUCAAAUUCUCAGAAACGUUGGAUGCAUUGCGAUGCAUGUGAAAACACCUGUGAUAAACCUUUGCUUUAUGAACAUGGAUGGGGCAAGAAGUUAUCAUAUGUUAUAGCAUUCUCAUGCGAAGAGGUUGUAGACGUGACAUGGCGGUAUUCUUCAAAGCAUGAUGAAGUCCUUAGGCGGAGAACACUAUGCCGUCAAGAGGUACUGAUGGACAAACUGGCAAAGUUGAACCUACAGCGACAGCGCAGUAUAUCUUCAUUUCGAAAAGCAGUUCUGGAAGAGAGGUUUGCAUUAGAACUUGCGGAGUUCAUAGCACCUAAGAAAGUUCAAGAUGGAGAAGGCCAAGGAAGGAUCUCUGGGUCACUAGCCUGGAGGACUUCCAGAGGGGAGACAGGUGAUGCAGCACAGGGAGUUGGCACCUCCAUAAUGGAAGGCACAGGUUAUAAAUUUCAACUUACAGAGAUUGAAAAAGGAAGCAAGACAAUCCAUGUGCAAUAUUCACCUUCAAGUAAUACCUACCAGCGGGUUUCCAGUGGCAACAGCGUGUUGGAAGACUGGGAAAGUGGGGUGUUUACUAUGAGUAAUGUCAUCUUAAAGGAGGAGUUUGAUUGGAAGAUGGUGUAUUUAGCCAGAGUUGAAGGCAGUCAAGAAGCCUUUAUCACCUGGAAAUUUGAUGCGGCAAACACAGGUUUAGUGGUAGACCAUGUUGACAUUAAGGUAUCAAGUAAAACAUAUGAGUCUGGUAGGAUCAUCUGGACAAUAUGUGAUGAUCAAAAAACUCUAAAGCUUAAAGGAGAUGGAGAGAUUGCAAGAAUAUCUGAACUAGAGGGCGCUACAGAGGUUACCCUGAAAGCGGACAUGAGUGGCGGCAAAGGUGAUGUUGCAUGGCAGCACACACAGCUAUUCAGAAUGGGGUUAAACGACAUGGUUAAUUAUCCAUUUGAUGUAAAAAUAAUACUUAAGAAUGCAUAAGAAUAUAUACUUCAUAUUUAAAGAAAUACUUUAUAGAAUAUAUGUUAAUAUGGGAAAAGUGAAAAAGAUAUGUAUAUUAUUUAUUCAAGUAAAUAAUAAGAAAUUUAUAAAGGGAAAUGAUAUGGGGAAAAAAGAUACUUGUAGCGCAAAAACCUUCAUCUAAACCACUGAUAUCCGCAGCAAACAAAUUAUUUAAAAUAUAAGAUACAAAUACAAUAAUAUUUAAACAUUUAACUAAAUUAUUGCAAAAUCAUAUUUCAAUAAUGUAUAAGUAGUCCAAUGAAUUUAAUAUGAAUGUACAGUGAAAUUAAAACGUAAAACUAAUAUAAAUGUCAUAUACACUAUAUUCAAAUAAGGUAUAUAUGCAAAAGUAGGACAACAGCAGUUCUUUGAAGUACAAAUAUAUUUUAUACUGUAAUAUGUUACGUUUUUCUCAUCCAGCAGUAGUACAUGUUAGUGAUUAAACCAAAGACUGACCCUCUAACAAUUAAGCCCGACCUUUCUUAAGUUGGUAUUCUAACUAUUCUUAUAUCCUGCAAAGAAAAUUGAUUUGACAAUCACAAGGGAAUAUCAAGCCUAACAAGAGAUUAUGCUUUUUGUAGAAUUUUCUGUAUCCACAUUGCGAUGACGUGAUGCUAGAACAGAUUCACUCAUGUGUGACCGUCCUACGUUUUCUGCACAACAAAGAUUUGGCCAAAUUACCUCCUAGAAUCCAUGUGAAAACAUUGUUGUGCAAUCAAAAGCUCCCUAAGAUCUGCUAUGUACUGCCCUCUAUAUGUAGGUCAGCCCUUCCACUUUAUUCAUCUCUAGCAUUUUUCCAAAUCUACUAGUAUUCACAAUUUACAUAAAAAUUAUUAUUUGUACGUACUAUGUGUAUAAUAUUGGCCAACCCUAAGGUCGAGCUAAUAGACUAGAGCAAUUUAGGAUAUGAUGCAAAUGCAAAUGAUAUUUAAAAAUAGUCGGCUUUCUCUGAACAAUUAUGAAGACCUUAAAUUAAUUGCAAUAAAUGUUAGCCAAAUAUUUUAAAAU